AACACCAGGCUUUAGGAUUCGUGUUUGAGACAAGUCCCAGGGUGGAGCCGGAAUUUACCUUUGUACUUUAUGCAGGUCAGGUUUGGUGGCAGUUAGCUGGUUAUCUUCUGGAACUGGCUGCCAUCCUGACACGUCUCGAACUGCAAGCAGGUCCUACCCACGAUCCACCAUGACCUCAUAUGCCCUUGGGCUGGCAGAAGAGUCCAGCCGAAGCCCUCGUGAGUCUGAACUGGCUGUGAACCCCUUUGAUGGACUCCCCUUCUCUUCCCGCUACUACGAGCUGCUUGAGCAGCGCCGAGCCUUGCCUAUCUGGGCUGCUCGCUUUAUCUUCUUGGAGCAGUUGGAGAGUAGCCCCAGUGGAGUGGUGUUGGUGUCUGGGGAGCCUGGCUCUGGCAAGAGCACCCAGAUCCCUCAAUGGUGUGCAGAGUUUGCACUGGCCAGGGGCUUCCAGAAAGGCCAGGUAACUGUAACUCAGCCCUACCCUCUGGCAGCACUAAGCCUGGCCCUUCGGGUUGCUGACGAGAUGGACCUGACUGUGGGUCAUGAGGUUGGAUACAGCAUCCCCCAGGAGGACUGCACUGGACCGGACACCCUGCUCAGGUUCUGCUGGGACAGGCUGCUCCUGCAGGAGGUGGCCUCAACCCGGGGCACUGAAGCCUGGGGUGUGCUAGUGUUGGAUGAGGCUCAAGAGCGGUCAGUGGCCUCAGACUCACUCCAGGGGCUGCUGCGAGAUGCCAAGCUGGGAAACCUCCCAGGGGACACCAGAGUGGUUGUGAUAACUAACCCAGCUCUUGAACCCAAGCUCCAAAACUUCUGGGGCAAUCCUCCUAUUGUCCAUGUCCCCAGUGAGCCUUGUGGGAGUCCCACCGUCAUCUACAGGGAUGCUGUCCCUGCUGACCGGGUAGAAGCCACCUGCCAGGCUGUGCUUGAGUUGUGCCAAGAGGAGUCUCCAGGUGACGUGUUAGUGUACCUGCCCAGUGAGGAGGAAAUUUCCCUGUGCUAUGAAUCCUUGUCCAGGGAAGUGCAGUUCCUGGACCCCCGAGGGCCUUCCCCACUGUUGCUGCCCCUUCACCCAGGCUGUGGUCAAGCUGUUCAGGCUGUGUAUGAGGACAUAGAAGCAGGUACCCGAAAAGUCGUGCUUACUCACUGGCUGGCUGAUUUUUCCUUCUCCCUCCCUUCCAUCCGACAUGUCAUUGACUCAGGAUUGGAGCUUCGGAGUGUUUACAAUCCUCAGAUCCGAGCGGAAUCCCAAGAGUUGCGGCCCAUCAGCAAGUGUCAGGCAGAGGCAAGACGAGUGCGGGCAAGAGGGUUCCCACCAGGGUCCUGCAUCUGUCUGUAUCCUAAGUCCUUCCUAGAACUAGAGGCUCUCCCAAUGCCCCAACCCAGGGUCUGUGAGGAGAAUCUGAGCCCCCUGGUGUUACUACUAAAAAGAAGACAGAUUGCAGAGGCUAGAGAGUGCCACUUCCUGGACCGACCUGCUCCAGAAGCACUGAUGCAGGCACUGGAAGACUUAGACUACCUGGCUGCCCUGGAUGAUGAUGGGAACCUGUCAGACCUGGGAAUCAUCCUCUCCGAGUUCCCCCUGCCCCCUGAACUGGCCAAAGCCCUGCUGGCCGCCUGCGAGUUUGACUGUGUGGCUGAAAUGCUCACCCUUGCAGCCAUGCUCACUGCUGCCCCUGGGUUUACCCGUCCUCCGCUCUGUGCUGAAGAAGCCGCUCUGCGCCGUGCCCUGGAGCACGCGGAUGGUGACCAUAGCUCUCUCAUCCAGGUGUAUGACGCCUUUGUACAGAGUGGGGAGGAUGAGGCUUGGUGUCAGGCUCGGGGUCUAAACUGGUCAGCAUUGUGUCAAGCCCGUAAACUUCGAGGAGAACUCCUAGAACUCAUGCAGCGAAUUGAACUUCCUUUGUCCCAGCCAGCCUUUGGCUCUGAGCAGAACCGCAGAGACCUUCAGAAAGCACUGGUGUCAGGAUACUUCCUCAAGGUGGCCCGAGACACAGAUGGAACUGGAAAUUACUUGCUUUUAACCCAUAAGCAUGUGGCCCAGCUUGCCCCAUACUGCUGCUACAGAAGCCGGAGGGCCCCAGCCAGACCCCCAACUUGGGUGCUUUACCACAAUUUCUCCAUUUCCAAAGACAACUGCCUAUCCAUUGUUUCUGAGAUUCAGCCACAGAUGCUGGUGGAGUUGGCACCCCCGUACUUCCUAAGUAACUUACCCCCAAGUGAGAGCAGAGACCUCCUGAACCAGCUGAGGGAAGAAAUGACAGAUUCUUCAGCAGGGAGUGAAUCCUCCUCUACCCAGGAACUCGGAGAUGCCUGUGUCCUGCAGUGACCUGCCUAAGGAAUGAAACUGACCUCAUCUCCCCACAUUAGAUCCUCCCUUGGGCUAGCACCAAGGCAGCCAGAUUUAGAAGCCCAAAGUUUAGGGUCAAGUGUAAAUCCUGGAGCCUGACUCCCAAGAACUGAUGGGCUGGGAGUGGAGGGAAUGGGGUGGAGGGAAACUACAGUCUACGUAGUAUAGGACUCUUUCCUU